UAUCUGCCAGACCUGGUGAUGUUGGAUGAUCAAUGCCAUGUAGCACCCAAAAGGGGGGGAAAGAAUUCAAAAAUCAAAGCUGUCGCCAUAGCAACGCCCCUGCCAGAUUCCACCAAUCAAUGGCGUCUGUGGGGUUGUGAGAUGCUCCACGAAAGGCCAGCGUCCUACAUAAAGAGUGCGGGACAGGGAGCAGAGCGCUAUAUACGGGGCAACAUACCCUGGUGCUGGGGACUGUCAAAGAAAUACAAGAGCAAAACUGAAGAGAAAAAUACCUGCAGAAGAAUUCUUGGAGAUAUGUUGCGUUUAAGUGAACCAUGGUGUUUUGCCCUGGUUUUAAUGGGACUCCUAUCACUAAGCAUCAACUCCUUCCAUGUCAAAGCAGCUGCCCUGAAGCCAGAAAUAGUGCUGGACAGUGGGGCCACCAUCCUUAAUCACUCCAUGAGUUUGGUGCAGCGCUUCGAGAACCUGUUCCUGUCCGGGAACAGCAGUGAUGUGACUCUGAGGGUGCAGACCAUCAACACAGAUGAGGUGAAGGUGCUGCAGUCCCACUCGCUGGUGCUCAGUCUGCAGAGCGAUGUGUUCGAGGACCUGCUACUCACCCGAAACUCCAGCACUUUGGUUCUGAGGGAGGCCCCUGACUGUGCAGCUGUCUUUGAUAAGUUCCUCAGAUAUUUCUACAGUGGAGACAUUGGUGUGCGACUUGAACAGGCUAUUGCUCUGCACAAACUGGCCAGUAAGUACCAUGUGGGAGCCUUGCAGCAGGGAAUGACCCAAUACAUGACCCAACAUCUAUCCAGUGACUCCCCUUCAGGCCAUGUGGUCAGCUGGUACAACUAUGCACUGCAAAUUGGAGAUGCAACCCUACGGGAUAGCUGCUUGCAGUACCUGUCCUGGAACCUGUCAUCAGUACUGCAGAGUGCCGAAUGGGGCUCUAUAAGUGAAGACCUGCUCCUCUCUCUGCUCCAACGCUCCGACCUCAUUUUGCAAAGUGAACUUGAGUUGUUCGAAGCCGUAGAGGCCUGGAUAAACCUAAACCAACCUGUCAGUGCCAUUAUAGAAAGUGCACUAAGAGCUAUUCGAUAUGGCAUGAUUCCUCCUCAGCAUCUUUUCCGCCUGCAGAAACAAUCUCCCCUCUUUGUAAAGUACUAUGAAGCUAUCCGUGACCUCCUCUAUCUCGCUUUCCAGUUCCACUCUGCAUCACCAAUCCAACUGGCCAAGUACUUUGACGUGAACUGUAGUUUGUUCACUCCACGCAACUACCUAUCUCCCUCUUGGGGGUCCAGUUGGGUCAUCAACAACCCCACCCGUGAUGACCGCAGUUUCAGUUUUCAGACCCAGCUGGGCCCCAGUGGCCAUGACUCCAACAAAAGAGUGACGUGGAAUGCUCUUUUUUCACCGCGUUGGCUGCCACUCAGUGCAAGAUCCACCUACACUGAACUGGGGGCAAUGCAGCCAACACGCACGGAUGGGGGUCGCCCUAGGAUCAUUGUGACACCCGCUACAUCCAGCCCAGAUUUUGCCGGGGUGAGUUUCCAGAAAACCGUUAUGGUCAUGACCAAACAGCAGGGAAAAGUAGUUGUGCGUCAUGUCUACAAUUUUCACCAAAGCACAGAAGAGGCAGGGGAUUUCUUAGUGGAUGCAGACCUCCAACGCCGUGCCUCUGAGUAUCUAAUUGACAGCUCUUUGUUCCUGCAUGUUGUAAUAAAACCAGUCUAUCAUACUCUGUUGGUGUCAAGAAAGUGAAAGUAAACAUCUGCUAAUACCACCUCACUAUUGAUUUUGCUAUUUCCAACAGUACAAAAACAUGCAUGUAGUCCACUCAUAUCACGGCACAUUGUUAUUCAUUAAUACAUCUUAUUGUCAAUCAGUGCAUUUUGUUGCCUUCCAUCUCUGAAGAUAUGUGUGUUGUGGCUCAAAAUAAUUUUCAUUGUCAUCAUAAAACUCCUAGUGGGGAUGCAUCCAACAGCAAAC